AUGACUUCAGGUCAAAGAAUUUCAGAUUCAUUUGGACUUCAAGCCAACAAAUUUUGCGAAACUUCGAGUUUGCAAAGAGUACCAAAUAUUUGUGAAACUUCAGGCUCACAAAUUUUGCGGAACUUCAGGAUUGGAGAAAAGUUUGCUGACCAUGCUUUGUUGGAUCUCGGUGCUAGUGUGAAUUUGUUACCAUAUUUAGUUUAUUUGGAGCUAGGCUUGAAUAAUUUGAAGAAAACUAAUGUUAGGAUCCAAUUAGCUGAUCGUUCUGUCAAAAUUCCAAGGGGUAUAAUUGAAGAUGUGAUAGUGAAAAUAGCUGAUUUCUAUUACCCGGUUGAUUUUGUUGUUCUAGAUACCCAACCUACCCGAGGUACGCAAAUUCCUAUCAUCUUAGGUCGACCAUUCUUAGCUACCGCUAAUGCUGUGAUCAAUUGUCGAAAUGGUAGUAUGACGUUAACCUUUGGGAACAUGAAAUUGGAAGUCAAUGUGUUUAAAUUGAUAAAACAACCCCUUGACUCAGAUUCUAUUGAAGAAAUUUGUCUCAUUGAGUCAUUAGCCGCUCACACCUUUGAGCACUCUUACCUUGAGGAUCCAUUCCAACAGUGUUUAGCACAUUUUUGUGAUGAGUUUGAUGCGGAUAGUUAUAUUGGUGAGGUCAAUACUUUACUCGAUUCCACUCCAAUCUUUAAACCACCAAAGAUUAGGUUUGAACCAUUAUCUGUUCCCGCUACCACUACUCUCGAAACUAAGAAGAAGCCACCCAAGGUUGAACUAAAGCCUCUACCUGAGACUUUAAAGUACUCUUACCUAGGUGAGUCCGACACUUUUCCCAUGGUAAUUGCUUCAGACUUAACUACCCAUCAGGAAACCUAA